AGAUCAACAUGGCGGUCUCCGGUAACAAGUCGGUUCUGUUCGUCUGCUUAGGGAAUAUUUGCAGAUCCCCCAUCGCUGAAGCCGUCUUCGCGAAGAUGGCAACAGACGCCGGCAUUGUUGAUAAGUGGAGGAUAGACAGUGCUGCCACCUCCACCUAUGAGAUAGGAAACUCUCCAGACCACCGCGGUCAAGCCUGCAUGAAGAGUCACGGCGUGCCCAUGAGGCACGUGGCCAGGCAGGUGACCAAGGACGACUUCUUGAGCUUUGAGUACAUUCUCUGCAUGGAUGAGAGCAAUUUAAGAGAGUUGAACAGGAAAGCAAAACAAGUGAAAAACGACCACGCAAAGAUCGAGCUUCUUGGUUCAUACGACCCACAGAAGCAGCUCAUCAUCAAUGACCCGUAUUAUGGGAGCGACGAAGACUUUGAGAAGGUGUACCAACAGUGUGUACGUUGCUGCAAAGCAUUCCUGGAGAGGAACUCGUAACAACAUCUGACCUGAGCCAGUCUUUGCUGAAAUCUGUUAGAUUAGCAUAAAACAUUUACCAAAUAUGUUUUGACUGUGUCACACAAGCACUGUAUAACCCUCUUGUGGAUGUCACUAGACGAGCACAAAACAUUUGUGUUAGUGUUGUAAAUGUAACACAAACCACACAAUGUGUACAUUUGGAAAGAUGCUGUUUGGACAAGUUUGUAGACUGUAAAUUCUGGUGGUAAUAAAGCACUUACAUGAA